CACAGUAUGAGGGUGGGCGGAGCAGUUCCCUUCCUUCUUCAGUCCCCUCCUCGGAAAUAGACAUCAGUCUUUUCCGUUCGUUUUCUUUUUAAUAUCAAUUUGGAAGGAUCCCUUCUUUUUAUCCCUCCAAAUAAGACGAAAUGGAGACCAGGAUGGACGAGUGAAUUGGCAUACCGGCCCGCAACAUCCCUUUAUUUUCCUUCUGUUUAAUGGACCGGAUGAUUUCCAAGUCAGACUGUGGACCUCGCAGCUUUGCAGGGGAGGUAGCUGUAUCCAGUGUGGAGGUAGGCACAUCCAGGGGUCGUGAUGAAGUUUCCAGAACCCUUGGAGAGCCAGAAGCUGUCUUUUCUUCUAGAAAAGGCAGCUUCUAGGGAAGCCUUGAUGUGGAAGGCCUACGUGCCCAAGAAGUCCUCCACUCAGGAUACAGAUAUCUCCCCUGGCCAGCGAGACGAGGCGGUGCGAUGGCUCGUCCACCUGCACAGCAAGCUUCGGCUCUAUCCAGAGACCCUCUUCCUGGCCGUCAGCAUACUGGACCGCUUCCUGGCAGCUAUCAAGGCCCGCCCAAAAUAUCUGCCUUGCAUUGCCAUCACAUGCUUCUUCUUGGCUGCAAAGACCAAUGAAGAGGAUGAGCGGAUCCCGUCUCUGAGGGAGCUGGCCAGCUCCAGCAGCUGUGGCUGCUCUCCCUCGGAGAUCCUGCGGAUGGAGAGGAUCGUUCUGGAUAAGCUGAACUGGGACCUGCACACAGCAACACCGCUGGACUUCUUGCAAAUUUUCCAUGCGAUGGUGCUGUCCUGCAAGGCCCCAUCGCUGGCAGGCCUGCUGGGCUCCUCGUCCUCCCCCGGUGGCGGCAUGUCCCCGUCGCAGCACCUGGCCCUGCUGACGCAGCGGCUGCUGCUGUGCCUGGCUGACCUCUCGCUGCUGGGGCAGACGCGGGGCUCCACGCUGGCCCUCGGCCUCCUCACGCUGGAGCUGGAGAGCUGCUGUCCCGACUGGUUGGCGCUCACUGUCGACCUGCUCCGCAAGGCACAGAUUGACAGUUCUCAGUUGAUCUGCUGCCGGGAGCGGGUGGCACGUAGCCUGUCCACACCCCACCAGGCUUCCCUGCCUCCCAACACUGUGUUCAUCUACCAGCCCCUGCGCCAGAGCCUGGAGCCCUGUGCUCGGGGUGGGGGUGGAGGCGAGGGAGGAGCCCUACCGCGUAGGCCCCCCGCCCUCACCCUCACCACAGCCCCAACACCGGCCUCGGCACAGGCCCAGGCUCUGGCUGCAGCUGACCGCACCUCCACCACCACCACCUCCACCACCCUCAUCACCCCGGCCCUGCUCUCCCCUCCGCACCUGCGACCGCGGCCCACCAUGCGGCUCUGCGUGAAGCCCUCGGCCAAGCGCAAGGUGGAGCAGAUGGAGGUGGACGAGUUCUUCGACGGCAUCAAGCGCCUGUACAACGAGGAGGCGCCGGCGGAGAGUGGAGGAGGAGCAGGGGAGACGCCGAGGGGCUGCAGCUCCGUGCUGGUACCGCGGCAGGAGGGCGGUUCACCGUGUCCCCCACUGCAGCCUGUCCGCGUCCCCUAGUCUGUGUGCGGAAGAACCAUCGGCCCACCUGUCUGUCCUCAACCAAUAUUUCUAUGGUGUUGUAUAGGGCGUUUUUUUAUGAGUGCGAGUGUGUGUGUGUGUGUGUGACCCAAAAUGUUCGCGAGACCGCUUUAUUAUUUUAUUGGCCUGAUGAAGAUGACGAUUCAUGCUGAUUAUUAUUUAUUAUUAUUUAUGCCUAGUUGCGACUAAGCUACUAUCCUUCAAAAACAAGAUUUGGGUCUCAGCAACUACACACACACCGAAAUUUGGUUGAGGACGGCUGGCUGGCUUUGUGUGUGUACAGUACAUCAUCAUCACGUAACCACCACCACCAUCAGCAGCUGCUGGCCCAAUGGUCCGGGUUCCUGGUCUUUGGCCGAUGUCUCUCUCGCUCCCCCCUGUGAGGAUGCCACUUAUUAAAGGAACAAUCCACCAUAUCUGGAAAUAAACUCAUUUCCCACCUCUCAUCGGGUUUAAUUAGUUGAGCUAGCUUUAGCCGUCUCCUGUUCUUGGCGGGCAGGGCUCUUAAUCAACACCAGCCAACCGGCCCAAUGCUGGUGAAAACUCAGUUUGGCCGGUGGGAAAGAAGACUUCACACCAGCCACUUUGACCCAUUAGUGAGUAUACGUUUGGCCAGUCAGAUUAAGAUCUACUAGCCAUUUUGGAAAAGUAUAUUUAGAGCCCUGCGGGCGGGUGCAAUUUGUACCUCCAAGCUAGCGUGUGUCAUUUGAACCGAAUGAGUCGGUCCAAUUAUGACAUGCAAACUUGGAACAUGAAGUUAUAUCACCAGAUUGAGAGAAUGACUGGGAAAAUAUGCAGAAAGAUAAAAACUCAUUAUUUUAACUCAAGGAGAGUUGGGAAAUAAACAUAUUUCCAGAAAUAGAAUGGAAUGUCUCUUAAACAAGAAGCAAUGUUUGAGGGUUGAAAAAAACCAAACAAAUGCCGCAGUCACUGGCGUUGUCCUUACCUCAGAGCAGAGCCUAAAAAAACAUACAAAAAAAGUUUUUGAUUACAUAUGCUGCGCUCCCAUAAGCAUUUGUGGAUCACAUACAAAAAAAGAGAUUGUAAAAGCGAUAAAAAAAUACAUAAAUGAAAAGUAAAAAAUAUCCCCACGACCAAAAAAAAUUUAGUAUUUUUUUCCCAGAUCUUUUGUAAUACUGACUUGUGGUAACUGCAGUGUCUUGUCGACUGUCAUCUUUCAUUUCCAAUUUUCAGUGUGAAAGUCUGAGUCUUGAUUUAAAUGUUGUUUUGUUUUCACUUUUUCUAACCUCUCUGCCUAAUCCUAUUUUUUUUCCACGUCGUAUGUCUGUCUCUGAGUGUGUGUGUGUGUGUGUGUCUGUGUGAGUGUGCCCAUAGUCUUUUCACUGCCAAACAGAACUGAAUGUACGAUGGUUUGAGUUUUGUCUGGGGUGGAAAAAAAAAAGUUAGUCGAUUUAGUCCUUACGUGGGAGUUAGUUGACUCUUAAGGUAAACUUGUUGCCUGAUGUGUAUGACAUGAUGUACUAGACUCUAUAUAUCCCUUCCCCAUGAGUGGUUGCCUGGCGGUGAUAUGAUGUCAGUGUGGUUGUGAACUUAUGAGUGUGUUCGGACUGAAAGGGGUUAAAUGAUUCCCUAUCACAUUUUUCAAGCGAAGCAUUAAAAAAUACGUCCACUCAGACAUGCACUAUGAUGUGUUGCAUUUGAUCGAGCCUGGCAUUUCACGAUGGGGGAAAAAUACAAGUUGUAGUUUGUUCAUAUAUAAAUAUAUCUAUAUAUAACUGUGCAAUAAAAUUGAGGAGAAAAAACUUUGACAAAAAAAAAAACUAUUGAAUGGAAAGGAAGCCUUAGUUCUUCACUGUUACUUUGCUGCACACUUCCACGCGCUCUUGUUUCUGUAAAACGCUCUGUCUCUGGGGGAGUGGAUAACUGCCGGUGCUGCUGAAACUCCUGGCAACAAUAAAGAACCUGACCUCUGA